ACACAGGCAGUCGCUGUAUAACCACGUCUAUCUACACAUGAUAUGCGAGAUAUCAUAUCGAAUAGAUAACUGAGGCGUGGAGUGUUCUUAUCGGUUUCCCUAACGGGCAGUUCCUGUCUGGCAACCAUGGCGGAGACCUCACUGAAUGAAGAUGUCAGAGCGAGCAUCAACAAUGAGCUACAGGACCACUACCAACGCCUAGUGGAUGCAUAUCGUCCUGACCUGAAGGCAGAUAUACCACCAAGGGAGCCUGUUUUCCAUCCCCUGCAUCUUUGUCAUCUUGCGGAAGAGAGAGAGAAAGACAGAAGACAGAUCAAUGCAGCAGACAUUCUGACAACACAACUAAAUGAAACUGAUGAUCACCUGCCUCAACGUGUAUUAUUGCUGGGGCGGCCAGAGAGCGGAAAAACAGCGCUCCUUGCCCAAAUACUGCACUACUGGCUUCAUGAUAAGGGCAAGAUGAUGGGUAUGAAAAAAUUUGACUUCCUGCUGGCCUUUCAAUGUCUAGUACUGGGGAGUCACUCAGAUGGCAAAACAGCCAUUGAUCUUGAGAAACACAUGUUAGAUCACCUCCCCAAAUCUGUAGAGAAGCAUGGUGAGGAGGUAGUACAACAAACAAUGAGGAAGGCCAAAGUACUCAUCAUUAUUGACUCUCUGGACUGUCUGGCAGAGAGAGCUCUAGAAGUGGUCACUUCUCUCAGUUCUUGGACUGACAGCUCUGUGCUUUUUUUCUGUCGGUAUAAAUUUAUGAAAGAAAAUCAUUUUGAUCUUUUUCAAUCUGAUGAAAUCAAGGACUAUUUAGUGUUGAAACUUUGGGGUGGUUUGUCUUUUAAUCCAUUUGAAACUUUAGAAAACUCCAUUGAAAAUAUCUCUGAGAUUGGUGGUGUGUUUUCUGAUAAACUGUUAAAAGAUUACUGCAAAAAACUUUGCAACUGCAGAAAUAUAAAUUUUGAAAAAUUCUGGAAUUACUAUACUGAAAUUCUAAAAUACUUAUCAUUAGAUAUGAGGAAACCAUUCAAUAUUCAUAUAGCAAUGGAAGCAUUUUGUCAUCAUAUUGAACUAGAUGUAAAAACACAAUCUGAGUUUUACGGGAAAUGGUUUGACAUUUGCUUAAAAACUUACAGAGUUACGCUUGAUGGGUCUGAUUAUGAUAAAACAGAAAUGAUUAUGGCAGGAACACCUCUUUUGACUAGACUAGCUUAUAAAGCUUUCAAUUCCAGUAAAGAAUAUCUUUCCAAAGAGGAUAUCCAAGAAAACCAUGAGAUGGUGCCUUUCUUCACCCACUUCUUGAUGCCUCACUACAAUCCUCAAGGCAAUGUUGAGAAGUUCACAUUCAGAAUAAAUGCUCAUAUGCUAUUCUUAGCAGCCAAGCAAGCAGUUACUGAAAUAGAGUUAGGCAUAAAAAAUGUGAAGGAUGUAUUAAAUGAUGAAGCUUUUAAGAAACUUCAAUUGCUAUUGCUCAUGGUCUUAGGCAUAGCCAGAGGGAGCAAAUGCUUUGAUGAAAUAAAGGAACAGGCUCUCAUAAUUGCAAAACUUAAUUUGGAAGACCAUGUUACAAGGAUAUUUAAUGAUCCUAUCAUUAACUAUGCAGUUAAUGUUCUAAGUGAAGUGAAAUUAUUCUCAAAAACAGGUAAUGACUUUGAUGAUUUUGCAAGAAAGUUAAUGGAUUGUUUACGACCCAAUAAUUGGAGCAUUGUGGAUGGAAAUAUGCACCCAGAAGCAUUUAGGACCUUGUGUGAAUGUGGACAUGAUAACAAAGAUCCUGAUAAAUGUAAACCUCAGAGGCUAAACAUUAUUCUCUCUGGCUCCCACACUGAAAUGCCAGGGCUUCAUGACAUCUUGAGAGCACUGAAGAAUUGUGAUAUGAGAGUUAACUUUAGCAAUUAUCACAGUUUUCUUAAUGAUGAAGGAGAGUUUCCACUUGAUGAUGUUAUAUCUGCACUGCAAAGCAUGGGAGAAGCAUUCAUUACCAGUAAGAGAGGACCAUCCCUUGCCAGCUUCAGUGGAUAUCUUGAAAAUAUAAAAAAGUUUGAUACUUAUCCAGCCACAAGGCGUGUAUACAAGAUCAGUUUGCGUAUCUGUAACAACAGAAAUUAUGAAGAUUUACGUGAGUUAUGCAAAGUCAGCCACAAGCUCAGACAGGUGAUACUGCGCAUCUCACAUAAAGCUGAUAUUAAUGUCAGGAAGCUUAAAGAACUUCCUGCAAGUAUAGCCAAAUUAACAGUUUACCUGGAGGGCUAUACUGACAAUGAGGCAGAGCAAGCAAUCAAAAUUUGGAGAUCCAUCCAGGGAACAACUCAGAGAGAGGUCAGGGACUUGCGUUUUUGGGUCACUGAUGAGAGAAGAAUGACUUUUGAAGGAGUCAAGAAAAUAAUUCAAGCUCAUCUCCCAGGUACUAAGAUAGAACUGUCUCUAGAACAACCUGUUGAGGAUGAUCAUAUAAAUGAUAUUAAAAACCUACUAGACCAACUAAAGGAAAAUAAUUACAUAAUCAGAUUUUUAGGUUCAUACAAAUACCAAAGGUUUGAUUUGACAAAGAAAUCAGAAUAAGUUUUCUUAAUUUCUCCAGUCUUGUGUUGGAUGCCAGAGGAAGAAAAUGCACUACAUAAAGAAAGAAAUGACCAACAUCCACUAUAAAAAUGUUUCUUGUAGUAAUAUUGAAUAUUUCUUAAAUUUUAAAACAAUUAUUUCCUAUCCAUGUUCAAGCCAGUGAUUCUGUAAAACACUUACAUGUGCUGUUCUCAGUAGCUUCUUUCAUUACUAAUCCUAGAUUGUAUUCAGAUGUACUCAUAUCAUAGUGGAUUCUCAAGAAUCACUGGAAGUAAUAGUUUCCCUGUUAUGUAAUUUCUUAUGCUGUAGUGUGUAACACACUCCAAGUCAGUUUACAAAAAAUGCCUCAUUACUUUUAUGAUGUAAGUACAUAUAAUCCUUAUAGUUACCAGGGAGUUCUUAUGCUGAAUAAUUUUAAAGUUCCUCUUCAAUUGUUUCAGCAGUAUAUAAUGUACUAUUAUGAUGUAUUAUCAUGUGACCAUUAAAAUGCUAUUUAUAAGUGUGUUUGAAGAAGCCAUGCAAUAGCUAUUCAGGCAUGUGUGUUAGCAGUUUACUAUUAUUAUGUUUAUUUAUUAUGUAGUUUGAAGAACUUCAUUCCUCAUUAUAUAUAUAAUCUUAAGGUUCUCUUCUGUCACAAGAAUGUUACUAAAUCAGUAAAUAUUACUACUGGCAAAAA